AAGGAGCGGAACUAGUCGGGCAUCUCCUCCACCCGACCACCCCUGAUCCGCCCGCGCCGUCCUCCUACCUCCGCGCCGACGGUCUCGGCGAUCUCGUCACGCCAUCGCCCGGAUCGCCUCGCCGCGAAUUCUUAAUAUUAUCCCGUCCCAGCCCCCGAGCCGAACCACCGCGACGCCCACGCCGCGACCCCGUCCAAAUCCACGCGAUAAGAACCAAGCGCUCUUGUUUCUUCCUUCCACUCCUGCGCCACCACCCCCACCCCCUAUAUAGUACACAAGGGUCCAAUGGUGCCGCUCCGCUUGUGCCGUCAACUGAUCCCGCACUCUGCAGCUGCAUCCAGGCCGCCAUUCGCGCCCGCGGCCGCCGCCUCGUGUUCUUCUCCCCGGCCGAUCUCGCGGCGCCUGCGGUCGCUGCCGGCCCUCGCAAUGGCGGCGUACGGCACCGGUGCUUCCGCGGACAGGAGGCUGCUCUUCAGGCAGCUCUUCGAGAAGGAGAGCUCCACGUACACCUACCUCCUCGCCGACGUCGGCGACCCCGACAAGCCCGCCGUGUUGAUUGACCCCGUGGACAGAACAGUUGAUAGAGAUCUCAACCUUAUCAAAGAAUUAGGCUUGAAACUCAUCUAUGCUAUGAAUACUCAUGUGCAUGCUGAUCAUGUCACCGGAACAGGAUUGAUAAAAACUAAGCUACCAGGAACGAAGUCUGUUAUUUCAAAAGCUAGUGGAGCAAAAGCUGACCAUUCUGUUGAGCAUGGUGACAAAAUAUACUUUGGCAACCUUUUCCUUGAGGUGCGAGCUACUCCUGGCCAUACUGCUGGCUGUGUGACAUAUGUAACAGGUGAUAGUCAUGAUCAACCUUCACCAAGGAUGGCUUUCACUGGUGAUGCCUUAAUUAUACGUGCUUGCGGAAGAACAGACUUCCAGGGAGGAAGCUCUGAUCAGCUGUAUCAGUCAGUACAUUCACAGAUAUUCACGUUGCCAAAGGAUACCCUUCUUUAUCCUAGCCAUGACUAUAAAGGUUUCACAGUAACCACUGUUGAAGAGGAGGUUGCGUAUAAUGCAAGACUAACAAAAGAUAAGGAAACAUUCAAGACAAUUAUGGACAAUCUGAACUUGUCUUACCCAAAGAUGAUCGACAUAGCUGUACCUGCCAAUAUGGUUUGCGGUAUCCAGGAUCCGCCAUCGAAGGUCUGAGCUGUUCCUGUUGAAACUUUGCAAGUGGUGCUCCUCCUGGUUGUUGUGAACUCACGAUCGGCUCAAGAAGUUUGCAGCAUCGUUAUACACUAAAUAAUUCGUUCGCUGCAACAUUGGGAGGAAAUAAUUGGUCAUUGGCUGAUGUAGUCUCUCGUUCUAUCUGUACCUUGUAAACCCGCUACUUGGUGUUGGCCUAUUGGGAACACUAACGUUUGAUCAGAUCAACGAGAAUAAUAAAGUUUGCACCUUGUUCUGUGCACCACA